CGCCGCCGGGGCUGUCCAAGAUGGAGGGCGCUUCGCCGGUGGCGCUCGCCCUCCGGCUGCUCCUGCUGGUGGCGCUACCGGCUACCGGCUGGUUGACGGGCGCUCCCGAGCCGCUGCCGCCGUCCCGAGCCUCGCAGGAUGGCAUCAGAAUUAAUGUAACCACCCUGAAAAAUGAUGGGGAGGUAUCUAAAGAACAGGUUGUUCUUAACAUAACCUAUGAGAAUGGACAGGUAUAUGUAAAUGACUUUCCUGUAAAUAGUGGUGUAACCCGAAUAAGCUGUCAGACUUUGAUAGAGAAAAAUGAAAAUCUGGAAAAUUUGGAGGAAAAAGAAUAUUUUGGAAUUGUCAGUGUAAGGAUUUUAGUUCAUGAGUGGCCUAUGACAUCUGGUUCCAGUUUGCAACUAAUUGUCAUUCAAGAAGAGGUAGUAGAGAUUGAUGGAAAACAAGCUCAACAAAAGGAUGUUAUUGAAAUUGAUAUGUUAGUUAAGAAUCAGGGAAUACUUAGACAUUCACACUACGCCCUUCCUUUGGAAGAAAGCAUGCUAUACUCUAUUUCUCGAGAAAAUGACAUUUUAUUUACCCUUCCCAACCUCUCCAAAAAAGUAGAAAGUAUUAGUUCAUUGCAGACCACCAGCCAGUAUCUUAUCAGAAAUGUGGAAACCACUGUAGAUGAGGACGCUUUACCUGGAAAAUUACCAGAAACUCCUCUUAGAGCGGAACCUCCAUCUUCAUAUAAGGUAAUGUGUCAGUGGAUGGAAAAGUUCAGAAAAGAUCUGUGUAGGUUCUGGAGCAGUGUUUUCCCAGUAUUUUUUAUGUGUUUGAACGUCAUGGUGGUUGGAAUUAUAGGAGCAGGUGUGGUAAUAACCAUCUUAAAGGUGCUUUUCCCAGUUUCUGAAUACAAAGGAAUUAUUCAGUUGGAUCAAGUGAGUGUUAUACCUGUGACAGCUAUCAACUUAUAUCCAGAUGGUCCUGAGAAAACAGCAAAGAACCUUGAAGAUAAAACAUGUAUUUAAAACACCAUCUCAAAUCAUCACUCUGAAUUAGUCUGUUGGCUCCAAAUUUGCCACUUGAAUAUAAUUUUCUUUAAAUCCUUAGGAAUCAGUUUAUACACUAAAGAAACUGCUAAACUCCUAAGACUGUCUGAAAAGUGACCUUUAUAGUGCCAAGUUAAAGUUCAUCUUAUUUUGUAUAAGGGCUAGCUAUUCACAUGGGGAAUUAUUAAGGAAAAUUUAAACAAGUGGAAGAGAAGACAUGUGAAGAGACUUUGGAAUUACGAAAAAGGAGGGAAAAAAAAGGAGCAGCAAGACAAAAUGCCAUGUGCCAAUAACUUUUCAAGGUGCCUUUGUUAAGGAAAUUAUAUCCACUUAAUUACUAUAUGACUUUAUGAAAAGCACUUUAUAAAAUUCUAAUUUAAAAGCUCAAGAA